AUGGAAGUGGCUGCAGUAGAGGAGAGCGAUGGAGGAACCAGUGCUGCACCAGCGGAACUACCCAAGCGUGAGGGUGCAGUGGUCGCUGAAACUGAUGAUACGUCAGCAGAGCAGCCAUGCAAGCAUUUCUCCAUAUGGCAGCGAGUCAGCACUAGGAGCGCUGACAGGCUCGCUAGCUGCGACAGACACAUCAGCGGGUAUGUUUCUCAGAAGAUGGAUGCAAAAUUCUGCUCUCUAUCUCAGAGUUUCAGUGCUCAGAAACAACUGGAUGAACGCCAUAACAGUUUGCGCCCGUUCUCAGUAGCAAAGUUUCGACGAUGGGAUUGCUCCGUGUGCUUGGAUGAGAUGAAAAUCUUAGAUGACAGAACAACAUCUAGAGCAGUUUUUACGGCGAAGAAUGUCUCAAGGGAUGGUUGCUCUAUUAGAUUUGUUCAGAGCACUUUAGUGCCUACUAGCGUUGAUUUCAGAAGCUUAUUUCCCUGCACACAACUGUUAGCUCAAGAGAAGAAUCCUGAUAGAUCAGCACUUCUGAAGAGUAACAUAGAAAACAAUUCCAAAUGCAACUCACAUUAUGAGGCGAAUACUGAUCCACCCAUGAAAGAUUUACAGGGGCCGUCAACUAAUCAAGUUACAAUCGCAAAUAUCUCAGAUAAUGCUUCUGUGGAUAUCAUGGCCUUACCUGAAGAUUCCCAGAUUAGAGUAAGCAGAGAAGGAAAUGCCAUUGCAAUCCCAUCCAGUUCAAAACUUAGUGAAGCAAGUAUGAAGCUUGAUGCAGAAGAAAAUGGGAAAAACAAGGAGGUACUGAGUGUUGACCACACUAUUCCCAAAGUUGCUAAACCAAUAUCUGGGCAGAAAGGUGAUCAGGUCGGUAACAGUGGUCCGUGUGAAGAAGCAGCUCCAAAAAGAAGUAUUGGAUCUACAUGUAAGAAGAAGAAGAAAGGGAAACGUAUUGCACAGGUUGGCAGUUCAGAUGUAAAAGUCGGUCGGAGAAAGCAAAUAAAGCUUCGGCUGCUAUCAGAAAUCAUCAAUACUGAUCCGGUCGGGGGUUCUAGAAGUGGUAUUGAAGUUAAUGGCGAAAAGGUUGCUGAUCUCUGCGAGGAUGAUAGAAGUACGGAUGAUGUUCCUUCUGUUGACCAACAGGCAGUGGGAGAAAUCUUGUCAAAAACUACGAAGAACGUGGCAAAAGACAAAGGAGUUGAUGUUGAAGAUGAUGAAUCUUCACUUAUGAAUUGGAUGAAGAGAAUACCGAAGAGAUUAAGAACUGAGAAGAAAGAUUCAGAACACAAGGAUUGUGAUUCUUCUGCUUCAAAAUCUACUGCAGAUGUAUUUGCCUCUAAGGAUACGCAUCAAGAUUUUCCAUCCUCAGGUUGGAAAUUGAGCAAGAAAAAUACCCUACCUACUACCAGUAUGCAGCAAGGUGAUGAAAAUAUCCAGAAUGAUAAUCUUGAGAGAAAUACACAGAGCACAGAUGACAUGAGGCGAAUGGAAGCUGAGACCUCCACAGAGAGGUUCUUAUCAAAUGUAAAAACCGUUAGUUUGAGUAAGAGGAAAAUGCCUCCAACUGCCAGUAUCCAGCAUGAUGGUGUUGUUCCUGUUAGCCGACAGAUGUUGAGAGAAAUAUCGUCAAAAACUGCUAAGAAGAAGGCAAAAUACAAAGGAGUUGAUGCUGUUGAUGCUGAGGGGUCUUCGCUUAUGGAUUGGAUGAAAAGAAUUCCGAAGAAAUUAAGAACCGAGAAAAAGGACACGGAAUACAAGGAUAAUGAUUCUUCUGCUGCUAAUUCAAAAUAUAAUACUGUUGAUAAAGUUGCUUUGAAAGGUGUUCAAGAUGAUUUUAUAUCCUCAGCUCAGGAGUUGAGCAAGAGAAAAAUACCACCUACUGCCAGCACUAGGGAAGGUGAUGAAAGUAUUCAGAACGAUAAUCUGGAGAGAGAUACGCAGAACACAAAUGGCAUGUGUGAAACUGAAUCCGAUAAUUGUAGGCAGAGGUCCUUGUCAAAGGUAAAAAAGAUGAGUUUGUGUAAGAGGAAAAUUCCUUCAACUGUCAAUGCGGAACAUGAUGAUGUCAACACUGAAGAGACGGCUGUACUCAGGACAGAUGAUCAAUGCCAAAUGGUACCCAGAAAGUCUGUGCAGCGGCGCCUGAAGAAGGUUUCUCCAGGUAAGCAUGUUAUCCGGAACGUGACUGCCUUUGAGCAGAAACUACCUAAGAAGAGAAAUAAAAAAAAGCAAGAAGUGAUGCACGAAAAAAAUGCCAUGACAGAUGACAUUCCAAUGGAUAUUGUUGAACUGCUUGCAAGAUGUCAGGAUAAGAGACCACUGAUAACUGAGACUGAUUCUGCUGAUAUUAGUCAUACUCAAUCCAAGACAAUGGAAGAUGAAGAUUGUACUAUAAUAGCUGCCGAGGAUGGUCCAAAUUAUGUGUCAAGUGUGAUUGACACCACUUCACAGCAGAAGCGGCCUUUGGAACCAGAUAGUUACCAGAAUGCAUUGCAGAAUCGUGUAGCAGCCACCACACACGCUACUCAUACGCAUGCUCUCAAAUUACAGACUCCUGGUCAUGUAAUGUCUACCCAGGAACCACAGGCACAUUCGGGCAUGGGAGAAUUAGUCACUAUUGCUGCAACCUCGCCACUAUUAUCACCAGACAAGGAUCAGCCUCUUGCCGAAGCAACACCUGAGCGCUGGAGCCAUAUGGGAGCAAAGAAGUCGAUGUGGGAACCUUUCAAGGCACUUCCAAGGGAUUUAUCAACCACAACAGGUUGUGCUCAGUUCAGACCUAGCAUUGACACGGUUGAUUUAACUUAUACUGAUGUGGCGGGAGCUAAUCGUUAUUAUCCCACUCGCCAGCCAGUAAUUUCGACACUUGACCACUAUACAAAUAGAGCAGUUAACUCAGUCCAGGCAAGAAGUUUUCCAAGUUCAGUGUCAACCAUGGAAGCUGGUAACCUGUGUGAUGGAAGAAAUGUUGGACAUUCAGGUUUUUAUCCAAGAGAAAUCAUGCCUGCUACUCAUCCCCUGAGAUUGACCGAGUCACCAAUGUUAGCCAGUUUCAACUAUGAAGGGUCUAGCAGGAACCAGAUGGAAUUUCAACUUCGGAAUUCACACUAUGCACAGGAUCAGUCCAUCGGAUCAGCUAGCACACCGUAUGGAGCACAGAAUCAGUACAUAGGAUCAGCUAGCACAUUGUGCGAAGCACACAAUCAUUACAUGGGAUCAACUAGCUCAUUGUGUGGAGCACACAAUCAGUACAUUGGAUCAGCUAGCACACCGUAUGGAAGUAACCUAAAUGGCAUGGGAUCAGCUAGCACGCAGUAUGGAAGUAACCUAAAUGGCAUGGGAUCAGGUAGCACAUCCUAUGGAAGUAACCUAAAUGGAAGGAUUCCAUUGACGCUAGAGGAUUUAUCACGUCAUCCGCUCCAGCCAAAUUUGCACAGACCGUUACGUCCACUUCCUAGAGUUGGUGUGCUCAGUUCCUUGCUGCAGAAGGAAAUUGCAGACUGGUCAGAGAGCUGUGGGACACAGUCAGGUUACAAAAUAGGGGUGUCCAAAGGGAUAACAUCGAUUGAUAUAAACAGAAGGGGGAAUGUUGAGGCAUUGAACUCAGGGAUGUAUUCAGCAGCAUGGAAUGCGCGGCGGUUGAGUUCUGUUAGUUCCAGUCCAGGAUUUUCUUCAGUCAGGAAUGGUACUGCUCAGUCUUGGACCAGAGAUCAAGGGAGAAUGGCCAAUCCCAAUCCCUUGGAUAGGUUGGUAAGACAGGAUAUCUGUGUGACCAACAGAAAUCCAUGUGAUUUUACUACAAUUAGUGAUGACAAUGAGUAUAUGAGGGCGGACAUUUGA